CUUAAAGAGAUUUGAAAGUGUUAAAGCUUCAAAUUCGAAUUGAGUAGUUCCCUUGUAAAAAAUAAAGUUCUUUCACCUUCUCCAGUGGCCAUGGAUCUAAUGCAUAAUUGACCACUUUGCUGAGUGCUGACUAAGGUUCAAAGAAAAAAUAUAUGGGUGAAUUUUUAGUACGGAUUGUGAAACCAUAUUGGCGGCCCGCUUGAAAAGAUCUCAUAUUGGAGUUUAAAUCAGUAAGCAGUUUUUAGCGGUAUAAAACAUUUGAAUCACAGUUGAACUAUUGUUAAACCAUGUUUCAGCAUAAAAUACCUUAGCGUUAAUUUUUCUGUACAAACUCCAAUACGUUUUUUUUAUUCUUUCAUUUUUAGAACUUACUACUUAAGAAUGUUUGUGUGUUGUACUUUCUUGGUGAAAAAGUUUGGAGUAUAAUAAAUAAUAAGUUAAUUAAUAUUAGAGUAGGUAGUCCAGAGUUCGUAAUUGGCUCACACACCAACGGCGUGACAAACUCCUAUAAAAGAAGGAGUGAAGGAGGAGGAGGGACUAGAGAUUGAGACGUCCCCGCAACUCUCCGCGCCUUGGCAUCUUCUGGUAAGAUCAAAUCAAUCGGCUGGAAUCGGCAAUUCUCUCUCUCGCUCGCUCUUUUUGCUUCCAUCUGUUUUUUAUUCCCCCACGGCUCACUCUGUUUGAGCGGUUGCAACCAACAAGAGCGAGCAAUUUUGUUUCGGCAUUGUAGUUUUGAUUAGCGCCCAAAUACGGGAUCGAUCGUUCCCCCUUAGAUUUCGCUCUUCUUGUUGCGCUCCCACUUUCUUUAUUUAUACCGCAAUCUUCUUCUGUGUGGGUAAUUCGCAGUUGAGAUUCAAGGCGAGUUGUAGAAGAAGAAGAAGCAUCUGCAAUUGUCCAAAAUGGGGAGGAUAUUUACGCUCGAUCUGGAAGGAAACGUCUACAGCUGCAAGUACUGCCACACUCAUCUCGCCCUUUUCGAAGAUAUCCUUUCCAAGAGAUUCCUUUGCAAGCAUGGAGAAGCUUACCUCUUCGAUAAGGUUGUGAAUGUCAUGGUUGGGGAGAAAGAAGAGCGAAACAUGCUCACUGGAAUGCACACUGUCGUAGAUAUUUUUUGCGUUGGUUGUGGCUCAAUCGUAGGCUGGAAAUAUGAAGCUGCACAUGAGGAGUCCCAACAGUACAAAGUAGGCAAAUUCAUCCUGGAGAGGUUUCAAGUGCUGGGACCGAAUACAUGGAGCCAUGAUGAUGGAAGCGAUGUUGAAGAUUGAUGGUUGAGUGGUGGAAGUUGCUUUGAUCGUUAGGUUUUAGAUACUUUUUUCCACAUCAUUUCACUGUUCUUAGCAGAAUUUUGGCCUAAGCCGCAUGAGUAGAAAGAUAGGGAUUUGAGACAUAAUAUACCACAUCCGAAGUAUAAUCUUAAGCUUAUGUAGGAGGUUCUUCCUUCUGUUCGGAUAUAGGAAGUGUUAUUAUUCAAGUCUUGUUAUUCAGGAAGUAUGAUUAGUAUUACCUCUUGUACUUCUUUCUUUCCCCGUGUAUAUGAAUGAGGCAUUGGAAUCGGAUAGAUUAAUACAAUGCUAGCAAGUAA